AUGCAGCAACUUAAACAGCUUGAUGCUGAUGAAAUAAAUAAAAAAUUUUCUGAACGGUCAUGGAGAAAAUAUAAGAAAAGUCCGGAAUUAAAAGAAGAAAUCCCGAAACCUGAGAGCUUCUUCGAGGUCGAGGAUAGUAUUCGCGUCGUGAUUGGAUUCGACUUUGGUACGACCUACUCUGGAUUCACGUAUUGUCAUGUUUCAGAAGAGAAAAAUCUAUGUUCAAACGAUUUAUGGCAUGGAGAAGUGGGCCAAUUAAAAACCAACACAGUUCUUCAAUAUGACGAUGAAUAUAAUAAUGUAAGGUCAUGGGGUGCUCCGGCUUUAGUUAAGAAGCCAAAUCGUCGAGAUAGAAAUCGAAAUAAUGAAAAUAAACCGGUCGAAUUGUUCAAGCUGCAUUUGGAAAAUAUAUUGGAUAAUUUUAAACCGAAACUUUCAGUUGAUUAUAAAAAGGCGAUUACUGAUUAUAUCAGAGAAAUCGGAAAGGUAAUUAAAGAGACAAUAUCAAUUCGUUGGCCAAAAAUCGAUUUCUUUGAACAUGUUCUUUUGGUUCUUACCGUUCCUGCAGAAUUUUCCGAAAAGACAAAGGCAAUUAUGAGAAUGUGUGUAUAUGAUGCUGGGUUAACUAAAGACGAAUGUUCGAAGAACCUGCAAUUCACUACGGAACCCGAGGCUGCAGCUGUAUAUUGCAUGAAAAAUAGAACAGGGUCUUACACAACCAGGAAGUAUGUUUUGUUCGAAAGUUAUUUUGUUUUAAAUAUUUUGACUCAUUUAUUAAAUCAUUUAAAUGCAUUAGCCAAUUUCAUGAUUGUCGACUGUGGCGGUGGCACGGUAGAUUUGACGACUCGUAAAUUCAUAAAUGAAGAAGAACUGGGUGAAAUAACUGAGAGAACCGGUGACUUUUGUGGAAGUACUUUUAUCGAUACCGAAUUUAUUAAAUAUUUACGGAAAAAGCUCGGAGACAAGCCUAUGGAUUCACUUAAAGAGAAACAUUAUGGACAAAUGCAAUAUCUGAUUCAACAUUUUUGUAAAUCUGGCAAAAUUCCUUUUACGGGAGAUGAUCCAAAUUUCCUGUACGAGUUGGAUAUUCAGGAUACUGUCCCUGUGUUAAAACAAUAUAUCACUGAUGAGAAUAUCAUAAACACUUUAGACGACUGGGUAGUCGAAAUUGAUUUUGAAACCAUGAAAUUGAUAUUUGAACCUGUCAUCCAAAAAAUUCUUCUUAUGAUAAAAGCUCAACUAGAUAACGCUCAAGAAACUUGCUCAGCAAUGUUCUUAGUUGGAGGUUUUAGUGAAUCAAGAUAUUUACAAAACAGAAUUAAACAAGAAUUUCUUCAUCGAGUAAAUAAUAUUUCGGUCCCUAUUCAACCUAUGGCAGCAAUUGCACGUGGAGCAGUAAUUUAUGGAUUGUCUAUAAAAUCAAAUAAUCUGAAUAAUAUAGGGGAUGAUGAUAAUUUGAAAUGUAUCAUUUCUUCAAGAGUCCUUAAAUAUACUUAUGGAAUCAAAUCAAGAUAUAAAUGGGUAAAUGGAGAUCCAGUAAGCAGAAGGACCCAUGAUGGAUAUAUCUCCAAGUUCAGCCUUUUGGCUCGACGUGGUACUAAAAUGAAUGUUAAUCAAGAGAUUACGAGAUCUCGUGUACCUAUUUAUCCUAAUCAAACUAAAGUAACCCAUUACAUAUAUUAUACUCGAGAAUAUGAUGGAAUAUACUGUGAUGACCCCGGCAUGAAACUUCUAGGAAAACUUCAUGCAGAUCUCCCUGGCUCAGGUCUCAAUAGACCUGUAUUAUUUGGAUUGACUUUUGGACAAAUGGAAUUUGUUGCAACUUCAAAGAACAAACUGACUGGACAAAGUUAUAGAACCACUUUUAAGUAUAACUUAGAAGAUUAA